AUGGAGAAGGUGCAGGCAUCGGCGCAGGAUUACCGCACGCGGUGCUGGAGGGAGACAGUGGAGGUGGAGGUGGGGGAGUUGGCCGAGGAGGAGGAGGAGGAGAAGGAGACCGAGGGAAAGGAGGAGGAAAAGGCAGGGAUUAGCCGAAAGACAAGCAAUUAUGAGAUGGAGCACGCGUGUGCUCAGUCGCGCUUGUUGGCGUUUUCGGCAGCGGGUUUGCGUGACUCCCCAAUUUGCCUUCCUUUCCAUCAGAAAUACGCACCUGAUGUCAACCAACAGCAGCAACCAUCAUCUAUCGACGGCUUCGUCACUCCCACGGUCGUCAGUGCUCGGCUUAUCUACCUGAGACGAGGUAUGACUGAGGCGACGAAGUGCUCUACCGACACUCGCAAUAUCGUGGACAUGUACACAAGUGCCACGGCUGCCAACAUGUCAGACGAUGAAAACGGGCUAACGGGUGAUGGGGACGAAUGGUCGUUAUUUGAGCUCAUCUCGUGUGGUGGUGGCGACGGCGGUGGUGGAGGUAUUGUCUUUCCAUCGCCCUCCUGA